AUGGCUGGCUCACGAUUCUCGUACGUUAAAAACUACGAGAUCGCAGACCCUUUGCUUCCCGGCACGUUCAUACUGGCCAGGGUGGAUGGUCGGGCGUUUCACCGCUUCUCUACCGAACAUGAGUUCACCAAGCCCAACGACGAACGCGCUCUGAAUCUCAUGAAUUGUGCUGCUCGCGGUGUCAUGACGGAGUUUAAUGACAUUAUCCUCGCUUUUGGAGAGUCGGAUGAAUUUAGGCAUCGUUCUUUCUUUGCUUCUACCUCGCUUUAUAAUCGGCGAAUGUCGAAAAUCUUGACAGCACUCACCUCGAUAUUCACAUCCAUGUACAUGUUUCACUGGGCGGAACACUUCCCGCAGAAAGCGCUCAAAUACCCGCCGUCCUUCGACGGAAGAAUAAUCCUGUAUCCGUCCGAGCAAGAAGUCAGGGAUUACUUCGCGUGGCGUCAGGUCGAUACGCACAUCAACAAUCUUUACAACACGGCUUUUUGGGCACUCGUUCAACAAGGCGCUCACAGCACGGCAGAUGCACACGCCGUGCUCCGGGGCACCCUAUCCGGUCAAAAACAUGAGCUUCUAUUCAGCCGCUUUGGUAUUAAUUAUAACGCGCUUCCUGCGAGGCUUCGUAAGGGUACACUGCUCGUGCGGGAAAACGUAACACCUGCUCCUUCGCUCGAUACGGCGUCAUCGAAGAAGAAGAUAAAACGUACCACGAUGAUCGUUGCAUACCAUUGCGACGUAGUGGGAGAAGAGUUUUGGAAGGGUCAUUCGGAGCUGCUGAACCCAUGA